GUCUGAUCACUUAUUAGAAAUCUGCUGCUGAUCAACAACGUUUCUGGUCUCAGGUUGUGACAUUAUUGGUCAACAUGAGUCCCAAACAUGUUGUCUUCAAGAAAGUGUCACGGGACAAGUCGCUUUCUGUCUACAUGACCAAAAGAGACUUUGUGGACCACGGUGACUUUGUGGAUCCAGUCGAUGGAGUCAUCGUGAUCGACCCAAUGCUACGCAGAGCAAAGAAAGUGUACGUGAUGCUGUCGUGUACCUUCCGCUACGGACGCCAGGAUGUAGAUGUGAUGGGCGUGGCCUUUAGGAGGGACCUGCUCCUGGUGACCCGGCAGGUUUACCCCGAGCUGCAGGACAAGGAGAAACUGACUCACACCAAAACCCAGAAGAAGCUGCUCCAGAAGCUGGGACCUGACGCCUUCCCUUUCUUCUUUGAGUUUCCAGACCACCUGCCGUGUUCUGUUGCUCUGCAGCCUGGACCCUCUGAUGUGGGAAAGAAAUGUGCAGUGGAGUUUGAAGUGAAAGCCUUCUGUGGUCACAACCAGGAUGAGAAGGACAAACAGAGCUCAGUUCGUCUCAGCAUCCGUAAGAUCCAGUUCAGUCCAGGAGACUCUGACCGUGUUCCUGUGGCAGAAACAACCUUUGAGUUCCUUAUGAGUGAGAAACCUCUGAAAGUCAAGCUGAGCCUGGAGAAGGAGAUCUUCUACCACGGCGAGCCUGUCAGAGUAGACGUAGAAAUCAACAACUCGUCCAGCAGGAGCAUCAAAGACAUCACUCUGUCAGUGGAUCAGGUGACGAACAUCGUUCUUUAUUCCAACGACAAAUACGUGAAGUCGGUUGCAAGAGAAGAGACAGGGUGUGUUACUGUGUGUGUGUGUGUGUGUGUGUGUGUGUAUACUGUGUGUGUGUGUGUGUGUGUGUCACUGUGUGUGUGGGUUCUGCUGGGACAGAGGGUUCAUUGA